CCUGGUCCGGGGAAUGAUACAUGGUGCACAAUCACCGCCGGAAUUGUCGCAGGGCGUGACCUUCCGGAAGGGAUUGUGAUCACUGUCGCUAAGGAUCAGGCCGCGGCAGGAACACCGGGAUCUGCGGCCUGACGUUUGCAUUCAUUAUCCAGGCGUGAAAUACCUCAGGAUGGAUGGUGAAGAGAAGACCUUUGGCGGCUGUGAGGGGCCUGAUGCUAUGUAUGUGAAGUUGAUUUCAUCUGAUGGCCAUGAGUUUAUUGUUAAACGUGAACACGCGCUGACCUCUGGAACCAUAAAAGCCAUGCUGAGUGGCCCAGGUCAGUUUGCUGAAAAUGAAACUAAUGAAGUGAAUUUCCGAGAAAUCCCCUCCCAUGUUCUGUCAAAAGUGUGCAUGUAUUUUACGUAUAAAGUUCGUUAUACAAACAGUUCUACGGAAAUCCCUGAAUUCCCUAUUGCUCCGGAGAUUGCGCUGGAGCUCCUGAUGGCUGCAAACUUCCUAGACUGUUAAAUAAAGUAAAUUAUGGGAAAUUACUGUUACAUGUUUCUUUCUGUAUUUAAAGCCUCCAAUUGUAUUAUUGUAUUUUUUAAUUUUUUUUUGUCAUUAGCAUGGUUGCACCAUUCUCUGAGCAAUGCUUAGUAUGUCAUUAUAUGCACCUUUAACAUAGCAAGUGGACUAAAAGGCUUUGUUUCUUGGCUUACGUAUUCAUUCCUCGACCCGUAACAUGAAUAAACCAAUAUGUCAGUGGUUCCGUUA